CUGUGACAUAGCACAUCCCGGACCUUCCAUACGGUCAAGGUUCCUGAGGCAGUGGACUUCUCAGUUCCCAGAGGCUCUAGAGAAGGACGCUUCAAGAUCCAUGUUGAGGUAAUACAUAGUUACAGAGAGACCUACAGAAACUCCCAGCGAUGACUGUGGACGCAGCGAGGCUAGCGGUGGCGCUGGCGGCGGCGCUGGCGGCGGCGGGAACGGCGUUGGGCCCGAGCGUCCACUACAUCAAGUCUCCCAAAGGGAACUUCUUCAUGGCUCUUGGGAAGACCAUCCCGGACGCGGACGUGGCGGAGACCCUGCCGGCCUCCAGCAUCUGCGACUGCAAGAGCAUGUGCUUCGUGCGACUCUCGUGCCUGGCUUGGUCCUUCGUCAACCUCACUGACGGGACCUCCGAGUGCAGGCUAGCCGACGCAGGCCCUUCGGAGCACCUGGUCGAGAACAACACGGACGCUGUCUAUUUCUUCUUACAAGCUUCCGUGGAGGGCGAUUACCGCUUCGACGUGGACGGACUCCUGUACCUGAAACCGGCCGAGCUCACGACGUACGCGUCAGCCAAAACGAACUGCGAGAGGAUCCCCGGACACCGCCUCGGCAUUUACAAGACGAUGCAGCAAUACCAGAUGCUGGGAGACUUCACAACUACAACAGCGACUGAAGGCUCCCUGUACAUGGACCUUAAGAAGGUCGGCACCGACCUCGUUUGGGGCGACGGAACCAGGUACUUUGACACCGAGAUAGGACAGAACGUCGUCGUGAAACCCUUCGGAACAGCUGGAAGAUACAUCAUGGUAUUCUGGGACAUGCAACUGAGUGAUGGCAGGCCGGGAGACAGCAGGCAAUUCAUGUGUCAGGCGAACCCCCUCGGAGUCCUGUGGUAACUCUGGUGUUUGACUCUUCAAUGUGCUUACUGCAACUGCCAUUUAUGUGUUUGGGGGUGGGAGCGAAUGUAGUUCUGUAAGUUCACUCCUCAACAUCAUCAUCGUGUGGACUAACAAUUUCGACUCGUGAUCCCGAAGCACUUGCCCCUAUUCACACUUCCAUGAUACGUAUGCGGUGCUAUAGCUAUGAUUUUGGCAUUUUGGCACUGGAGCCAGUAAUCAAUGAUUACCUGUCUAUAGCAUGAUAUAAGAAUUUAUACAAAAUUGUAAUACAAGUAACAGAUUUCCAAAAUUUAACUGAAUUGGUAAAAAAAGAAAAGAAAAAUAAAAAAAGUCAAGGCUCCAUCAUCGCAUUCGCAUGGACUGAGGUAAUGACAAGCAGAAGCGCAGAGGAAGGGCAACUGCAGGGGCGCUUGAGGUUGGGUAGGUGCUCCAGAAAUUAUAAGGGACACUGACUCAUCUAGUGCGUGCGUGCGUGCGUGCGUGUGCGUGUGCGUGUGCGUGUGCGUGUGCGUGUGCGUGUGCGUGUGCGUGUGCGUGUGCGUGUGUGUGAG